AUGCUGACCAGGUUCCUGGGCCUGUGCUACCACUGGCUGGCCAGAAACUGGGUCCCCCCAGCGAGCACUAGAGGCGCCAUGGGCGCCGUGGGGCUGGUGUGGGCCACUGACUGGCGGCUGAUUCUGGACUGGGUGCCCUACGUCAACAGCAAGUUCAAGAGGGGUGACUAA